AUGGAAGAUAUACGGAAAAUGAUAUAUAAACUUAAUGUACAAUCUAUUUUACUACACAUAGCAGCAUUUGUAAUAAAAAACAUGCUAGUGUUUUUAAUGUUGAUAAAAAGAAAGGAUGGUAUAUUGGAUAUUUUUGAUAUUGGAUAUUAUGGAGUGUUGUUCUUAGGAUUUAAUAUUGGAUUGUAUGUAAUAAUAAUAUUAAAUCUUUUAUUUAGUAACAUCAAAGCACAUGGAUUUAAAUAUAUCAUUUUACUAAAAUUUUACUAUUUAGUUAUGCUUUAUAAUCAAUUUAUUAAGGCUGAUUUAAAUAGAGUUGUAGAAAAUUUGGACUUUUAUAUUUUAACUUUUCAAAGCUUAAGGAAGAGUAUUGUUUGUUUUUAA